CAAACGAAGUGAAUAAUUUCGAUUAACUACGUAUGUGCUAAUGAUAAUAUUAUUAUCAUCAGAAUUGAUUUCAAAUGUAAAAUAAACAAUGUACGUAUAAAAUAGAAUUUAAAAAUAAAUGUGCAAUGUGGAAAUAUAAGUGGAUAUUUGUUAUAAGUUCAAUAUUCUAUGCUGCUGUUAUAGCACAGACAACGCAUAACGACACUCGAUGUUUUCAAUUCACUUGGCUCGGUCCCCGAUAUGACAACCAGAGUGUUUUUAUGAACGCAACAUGCAGCGAUGCAACGCAAUUAGCUGAUGGUGUUCCCUGCCAUCACCCCUUGGUAGUAUCAGAGGACGGAACGUGGCCCGAUAUUGAUUACAUUUGGACCCACCACUUCGCAGAUACAACAUGCACACUUUCACAAAACGAUGUUUGUGCCAAAUAUACAUUCUAUUUCAAUGGCCAUCCUGAAAACGCAACCUACAUGUGUACCAGAGCAGUGGAUACAAUGGACACGGCAAUCACGAGCGGUUGUUUCGAACAAACAUCUGGAAGUUAUAGCACACGCGUGUUGAAAACAGGGCCGAAAUUAUCACUUAAGAUGUACUCUGUGUUGACGAGGGGAAACGCUAUUUUAACGUAUACAUUAAGCGUGCUAGCAUGUUUAACUUUCCUAUGUUUUCUAUCCACAUUAACAGUGGAUUAUAGAACCGCUGCUCAAAUGAAUACAGUUAAAGUAGUCGUAAAGAAUGUUCCAGACUAUGGUGCCUCAAGAGAAAAGAAUGACUUGGGAUAUUUAACAUUUGAUCUGAAGACUGAUCUCUCUAAUUUAUUUAACUGGAAUGUUAAACAGUUGUUUCUGUAUCUCACUGCUGAGUACAUAACACCAUCAAAUGAGUUAAAUCAAGUUGUUCUGUGGGAUAAAAUCAUUCUAAGGGGAGAGAACGCUCUACUAGAUUUUAAGAAUAUGAACAUUAAAUACUAUUUCUGGGAUGAUGGAAAUGGCUUAAAGGGUCACAAUAAUGUCACACUAACUCUCUCUUGGAACAUCAUCCCCAAUGCUGGUCUCCUGCCUAACAUUCAAGCAAUUGGCCAACAUUCCUUCAGAUUCCCGAAGGAAUACACACAAGCCAGAGUGUGAUUCAUAAUGAAUGAGUGUUAGAUGUGUAUGAAUUUGUGUGAUGAUUUUGAAAAUGAAUAUACAGUUUCAUUUA